AUGGUCAGUCACGACCUGCCAACGCAUCAACUGGAGAUGCCGACUGUCGAUUUCGCCGAUGACAGCAAAACCUGUUUCUGGACUAGACAAGAGAGGAGAAAAUGGUUUAUUUCACUGUACUGUGGGACGUGUUUACUGUACGCUACGCGGACCUCAGUCCCGCUGCUGAUGCCAGUUGUCAGCAAAGAGAAGCAAUGGAGCAAAGCAGACUCUGGGAUGAUACUCUCCAGCUUCUUCUGGGGGUACACACUGACCCAGGUAGCCAGUGGGUACAUAAGCGAUCGGAUGGGUGGCCAAAGAGUCAUGUGGAUUGCUGCUCUAGGCUGGUCGCUCAGCACCUUCUUCAUGUCUGAUGUCAUUGAAAUGUUUUCCUCGAGCAUUCACUGUGUGUUAAUUGUUGCUAUUGCUAGGGUGCUAAAUGGUGCUUUUCAAGGUAUGCAUUUCCCCAGUGUAAUAAGCCUAACUAGCCAUCAUCUAGAAGAAUACGAAAGAGCUUCGUUUUUCGGGCUGCUUACAUCAGGAUCAGCACUUGGUACUUUACUCACAGUGACCUUAGGGUCCUAUCUGAUGAAGGCUUAUCAUUGGCAAAUUGUAUUUCAAGUACUAGGUAGCCUAGGACUAUUAUGGACUCUAUUUUUAUACUACCAAAGUCUGACAGUCCAGAGAAAAAAAAUAAAAUCAACCGAGGAUUCUAUUCACAGCACAUUGCCCUGGAGGCAGCUGUGGUCUAAAUCCCCCUUCUGGUCCUGCGUGUUCACUCAUGCGUGCCAGAACAAUUGUUUUUUUGUACUACUUUCGUGGAUGCCAACAUAUUUUCAUGAUACCUUUCCUGAUGUACAGAGCUGGAAGGUAAAUAUGAUACCCUGGUUAUCGUUAGUACCUUGUACGUUUAUCGCAAAAAUGCUGUCAGAAAGACUUAUAAAAACCGGGUACUCUGUAACAGCUACCAGGAAAAUAAUAGAAACAAUUUGUUUAACGACGCAAAGUAUUAAUUUACUUAUCUUGUCACGAGUGACGACGUUCCCGAGUGCCAUGAUCUGCUUAAUGCUGAUUAUUGGAGGCACUGGAUUUCACAACACCGCAAUAGCUGUUAAUCCUUCAGACCUUGCUCCUAAACACUCUGGAAGUGUUUUCGGUAUUAUGAAUUCCAUCGGCGCAGUACCUGGUUUCUUGGGUGUUUAUUUAGCUGGUUACAUUCUACACAUGACUCACAGUUGGGCAGCAGUAUUUGUCCUUACGUCAAUAAUCGAUGCUCUUGGCUGCAUCGUGUACUUGACGUUUGGUUCAGGCCAACCGAUUAUAUAA